AUGGGAGAGAGCAAAAGCGGCGAGAAAACGCGCGUCUUGGUUGUGGGAGCGACCGGUUACAUAGGGAAGAUGAUAGUGAGGGCGUGUUUGGAUGAAGGUUACGAGACUUACGUUUUACAGAGGCCGGAGAUUGGUUUUGACAUCGACAAAGUCCAACUCCUUCUCUCAUUCAAGAAACUCGGUGCACGUCUCGUCGAAGCUUCUUUCUCCGACCACCAAAGCGUAGUUUCCGCCGUGAAGCUCGUCGACAUCGUUGUCUCCGCCAUGUCUGGUUCCCACUUCCGUAGUCAUAACAUCCUUGUCCAGCUCAAACUCGUCGAAGCCAUCAAAGAAGCCGGUAACGUCAAGCGAUUUUUACCAUCUGAAUUUGGUAUGGAUCCACCUCGUAUGGGACAUGCAUUACCUCCUGGAAGAGAAACAUUCGACCAAAAAAUGGAAGUACGUCAAGCGAUAGAAGGUGCCGGAAUUUCUUACACUUACGUCGUGGGUGCUUGCUUUGCCGGCUAUUUCACCGGAAACUUAUCUCAAAUGGAAACGUUACUCCCACCAAAGAAAAAAGUAAACAUAUACGGCCAUGGAAAUACAAAAGUUGUGUUCGCGGAUGAAGACGAUAUCGCAAAAUACACCGCAAAAACGCUAAACGAUCCACGAACGUUGAACAAAACUGUAUAUGUUAAACCUCCGGACAAUGUUCUCACGCAGAUUGAAUUGGUUCAGAUAUGGGAAAAGCUAACCGAAAAUGAAUUGGAGAAAACCAAUAUCUCUGGCAAAGACUUUCUUGCCAACAUUGAGCAAAUGCCAAUUCCACACCAAGCGGGGUUAGGACAUUUUUAUCACAUUUUCUAUGAAGGAUGUCUCACUGAUCACGAAGUCGGAGAAGACGAGGAAGCUUCUAGUCUCUAUCCGGAUGUCAAGUACAGACGCAUGGAUGAUUACUUAAGAAUGUUUCUCUGA